CCUGAUAAUUAAAUAGAAGAAUAAAAAUGGCAAGAAAACACAAACUUUACUCUCGGAAACUAUAUAUUAUAGUGAGCUAUAGGCUGAUUUGACUCAACUAUACCAGCGAUGCGGCAGCAAUAUUGUUUUAAACAAAUUCAUAUCUGAAAUGUACUGGCAGGAUAUGGAAUAUAUCCUGUCUCCACGUGACGUUUAUUGUCCAUUAGAUAUGCAAGAAACUUAUGGGGCGAGAAAAUAUUUAACGCAUGUGAGGUACAUCUACACGCAUUUGUUUCGAAAUAAGUCACUGUAUGUUAUCAUCGUUAUUGUAUGAGUUUUAAACAUGUAAUGUCGUGAUCUAUUUAUUAGGCUAUAGCAUGCGCAUGUGCGCUAGACUAUUAUAUACAAUUCUCAAAAUUCAGUGCGACCCAUGUUCUAAUAUGUGCUUCCGAAACCAGAAAAACAACCUUUAAGUUGACGUAUUUUGAAAACCUCUUGUCCAUUUUUCCGUGUAUUUGGUAAAACUAACUGUUACUUUUUUAUUAACCAAGAAAUAUAUUUCAAUGAUACAUUAAUAAUUCGUCUUUAAGGCAAACAUAUUCUAAAAUAAAGUAAAGUAAGCAUAUUUUAUAAGGCGUUCAAAAAUAAAACCAAGUGUGCCGCAUGUAUGUCAAUUCGCUUCACUUUGCCUGAAAACACAUGUUUUUUGACCUGGGAUAAUUUAUUUUUAAGUAGAAGAGGUAGGUAAAAGUUUUACACAAAAUAUCACAUUUUAUUUUAUCUUUUGCAAUUACAAGUAUAUUGUUAAACAUUUUGGCAAUAUUUAUGACAUUUAACAUCUAUUGAAAGAAAAGUUCAAGAAACGGUUUACUCCCACCCUGUCAACGACGAACACUCUUUCUUUGCAUAUUCUUAAAUAUUAAAUCAUUGUUCACUUUAUAAAGAUCAAAUAUUUCGACUCGGAAAAUUUGUAUAAAACAGACUAUAACACCCUCAAAAUCGUUAGCUCCGUCUAAGAAAACACAUGCUUUACAGAGCCCGACAGAACAAUAUUUUGUCGUCCUGUCGUUGUGGCGUUGACGAAUAAAGGACAUACAGGCACAGCGAUGGAAAAGAACAUAUCGUUUUUGCUUCGGUGAAAGAAAGAUAUCGUCCGUUUCUUUCGUUCAUAUGUUAGGCAAAACGACAAAGUAGAAAAAACCGGCAAUUUGUAGUGCCCCGCACAUGUGUGUUGUGUCUUUCAUUCUAUAAUUUUAGCGAAAGCGACUGAGCUAGACAACGUAAAAAGACGUAUCCGACUCAGUUGUGACAGAUUUUGUGAAAUAGAUAAAAGUAAUCCACAUUUGGUUUGUUUUUUAUUGUAAUUACAAUCCUGGUAUGUGUUUGAAAUGCUUAUAUAUAACCUAUAAUGAUAUCAUCAAUUAAACACUCAAAUAAAGAUAAUUCUAUGACUGAAGGAUGUACGAGCGUUUAUUUCAGGACAUCCGCCAUUUUGAAAAUGUUUCUUCGAGUAUUGCUUUCUAACAAAAGUUCUGCCAAAAACAAACACUAAAUAAUUAAAAUAUGACUAAUAAUGUACCGUUUAACCAAACAGAUUCUACUUUUUGCGGAAAAUUCACCCUUAUUUUUGGCUGGCAUUUGCCUAAAAUUGACGUAAGAUUUACAAUGGGUUAGGGGUAGGUAAUUUCAAAUAUCUAUGACAGUAGAUUAGGUUUGGUUUCGAUAUUUUCCUGACUGAUAUAUAUAAUGAUAAGCUAUAAUUUAAACAAAAGUUUUUAAGAUAGCACUUUAUUUUAUCUAGAAAAUAUAGAUUAAAACAAAAAGAACGAAAAAUAACGAAAUUCACUUGUCUUUAACAGUUGUUUCUUAUGAAAUGUCUUAGAUGCACCAUGACCCCAACCUUUUUUCCGUUUUGAAGCAUUUUUGUGUGCCAUUAAAGCUGCAAGAUAUUUUGAAAAUCAUACAGUCAGAAUUUGUUUUGUAUAUUUAAAUACAUUUUCCCAUUCAAAAUAAUGUGGGUGGGGUAAUUAUGUCAACAUGUAAAAAUGAAAGAGAUUUGUUAGUGACAUUUAUGCUUAUAUAAUACUGACAUCACGUUGUAUUCAUAUUUACCUGUAAUACAUGAAAUCCCUAUAAUAUUAAAUGAGAUAUAAUAUGUUUUAUAAAGUACCACCAUUUUUCAAUUUAACAAAAUUUCAGAAAUGUUUAAACAGUCGGUGAGGAAAAUGGCCUAUAAAAAUAAAACGAGUUCGGUGACCUGUGUUUUUUCUUCUCUUGCUUGUCUUAAACUAUUUUUCUUCAAGCUCACAGAGUAUGAAAAAAUUAUUAAUGCUAGAAAAAAUUCGCUCCUACAUACUUAAUGUUGAAAGGCCAUAAGCCAUAAUUAAAAAAAAUUCGAUGACAUGGCAACUUUUCGACGUACAGAUCAUAUUUUUGAUACCUUUUCGUACUUAUAUUUGUAUUAAAAAUUUCCGCCUUAUUUACGAACGUCAAAAUAACUUAAAAUGAAUAGAGUCAUUUAAACAAUGAAUAGGCAGAUUAUAAAAGUACGUAGGUCAGUUUUAUAAUAUUAUGUAAUGGUAUAUAAUUUCAAUGUGGUUCAAUGUUCUGGAUCUUCAUAAAGAGAUAAGUCGUGUUUGUGAUAGUAUAGUUCUCUUCACAAACUGCACUGUACGAGUUCUACAAUAAAAUUCACGUACGCAACUGAGCAUUGUGACUGUGUAUUAGUAUCUUUUUCAGUUCUAAGGUUGAAGCAUUUACCAUUGGAAGCUCAGAAGAAUGCAACCAAACGAUGUUAUGUCCGCUCAUGUUUGGUUCCGUCUGUUCAUAAACGCUGUUGUAUAUAGAUACACUGAAUUGACACCUGGAGAAGAACAUAUUACAAGAGUCAAUAUAUUUUCCGCUUUUAGCUAAAGAACUUUGCUUAGUUGUCACAGCACGUGUAAUGAAAUUUAAAAUUACAUUCAUUAUCAUUUUUGCUGCAUUUCAAGCGCCGUGUAGUCGUAAAAUGUCUCAGCAUACUUCGCACUCUUCUAGUUGUUUGGAUUCAUGGAGACUCAGUAUAUUCAAUUUUGCUUUGAUAGAAUUACGCAUAAGGACAGUGGAGUUUUUUUUUUUUUGCAUACAUUGUAUUUCAUUCCCUCUCACUAACAUUCAAAGUCAAUCCAAGUAUAUUCUUAUUUUGCACCGUUGAUUUCUAUGCUUCCAAAGGUUCUCUUAUGAAUUUCAUUAGAAUUGUUACAGUCCAGCUUCCAACCAUUAGAUAUGUAAAACUAAAAGUGAAAAGUUAAUUGUCCGACUUCCAUUUAUGUCGGCUUUGAUCUAUUUAUUAGUUACCGUAAGUAAAUGUUUUAAAUAAAAUCGACCUGUAAUAGAAAGUUUAUAUAGUGAUAUUUCAAAAUAUAAGAUAAUGAAUAUCAUAUCAAUAUCUCGGAUACCCUCGUGUUACGCAAAUAUUUAAUGUUUGAUUUAUCUUAAGUAGGCACAAAACAUUUUAUAUCGGUCAAUGCACAUCGCAGUUCCUACAUUUUUGACCAGCUUGCAUUAAAGUGUUGUUGGUGAGUUAUCAGCCUCUAAAUUCAAUUCACUUGCGCUAAAAUAUUUGAAUUUGAAAUUAGGGCAAUUUGAGUUUCAUACUUCACUUUUAGAGCAAUAUUAGAUUUAGAUGUAUUCGAAAACAAAAUUGUUUAAAUAAAGUCAGAAUGCAGACGUCAAUUUAUGGGCAAUUUCAACUGAAGAAAAAGGUAUUGAAUAUCUUGACUUUAUCUUAAUCCGAACACCAUCAUGUGUUCAAGGUUUUACGUUUACAACAACAUAGUGUAAGUUAUUACAUUUUCUUUUAUUCAUUUAUUGCUUAACUUCAGCAUUAAUUUGGUAUUAAUUUUACUUCUUUCCUUUUUAUCGAAUAAUUUUGCUUAUUUGGCAGAGUCGUGCCAAAAAUUAUUAUUUUUAGCGAAAGGACAAGUGAAAGCUAAUCAGCUGUCUGUCAAAUUUCCUCACCGCUGUCAUUGCAAAUAUUAUUGACUUGAAUAAAUAAGAUAUGUUUAAACUAAUAUUUGUUUAUAUAUCCUCCAGUUUCUAUUUUUGUGAAAUUUAGUAAAUGUUUGUUAUGUCGAAAUUUGAACCGAAGUUUUGACCUGAAAUGUACAUUCGUUUGAGAACUAUAAAAGGUUUAUUCAAAACUAGGUUUCGACUUAUCAUCCAAGAUUUAUCGUUAAGUAUAACGUACGAACAUGAAAGUGUUUCAAAUACUGUCAGUGCUACUUUAUAUACUGAAUGGAAUAUCAGUAGGAUUCAUACUGGACGAUUUCUCCACGACAAAUGGUUUAACUGCGACCACACCUGCACAGCCCAACUGUAAAAUUGACGUGUUCGAGAACUGCACAAAUGGUUUUACAUCCCUUGUAAACGUCACAGGAAAUGGUGAGGUUACCUUUGACAGGCAGGGUUUGUUGGAUUUCUAUUGCGGUCCUAGUGUUGCGGAAUCAAUACAGUGCCUGAAAGACAAUUUAGAUCCAACAUGUGGUCCAGAUACUGACGCCGCAGUCAUAAACUCAACACUUGCCAAUAUUCCACCCGAUUUUUCGUACGACAACGUUUGCCGUAAUACCACAGAUUAUAACGAGCUUCUUUCUUGUCAACUACUUCUUCCAAAUAUUCAAGGCUACAUUGAUUGUAUUACUGGUGAAACAUUGAACAAGACUUUAGAUCCUACAGACACAUGCAAGUUUUUCAAGGGUACGCUCGGAUGCUCAUACAAAUACACAAAACUGAUGUGUCCUGAUUCUAUUGGUGCAUUCAAAGAAAACGCAAAAAGCACUGGAAAUUGUAAUCCGGACUUUGAAAACAGUCAAGAGGCGAGUGCAUGUGACGAAAAUAUGCAGGAAGCAUGCUCUGUUGCUUAUAAACCUCCAUCAAUGGUAAACUCAUCAGCUACGGAAAUUGCAAAUUUUAUAUGCAGCAAAAGGAGCCUUGAAUAUCAAAUGUGUCUUCGUAAGGUAUUCGAAUUGUGUAAGGAUAAAAAUGGUUUCGACUUUUCUUCAAUUAGCAACGAUAUUCUGCAGUACGAAACCCAGACGGCCAUGUAUUGUUCCGACGACAAAGAGAUCAGAGAACUGACGAAGUGUCAGUCAAUGUUUCCUAAACUCAGUUCCUUCCAAGAGUGUGUCACUGGAAAAACGUUGAACGAAACAAUUGACCCUGCUGAUCAGUGCAGAUUUCUCCAGAACUCAGUCGGAUGCUCUUACAAGUACACUGAUCUGAUGUGCCCAGAAUAUUUGGAUGCUUUUAAUAAAACUGCUGCUAUUCCGCCUAAUUGUCAGCAAGAUAUUGAUUUGAUUAAAACGGUCACCACUUGCGACAAUAACACAGACCAAGCCUGCAGCGCUGCAUAUAAUCCACCUACAGCCAACGAUCCUGAAGAAUAUGUUGAGUUUAUAUGCACUGGACGAGCAAAAGGGUAUACCAUCUGUCUACAGAAAGUGCAUACACUGUGCCAGUCUACUAACAUUGACGUCUCCGCACUGUUACAACAAUCCCAGUCCAGCAAAAAUCAAACAGAGAUCAUAUGCGCCGACAAAACUAGUUACAAAGCGUUUGCAAAAUGUUUGACGAGUUUCGUGGUCUCGAACGAAUAUACGAAAUGUGCAUCAACGGUUGCCUCUAGUAAUACUUGUAGUAUCCAUGUAUGCAUCCUGAAUUCUAUCAAGAAGACGUGCCCCACUAGCGAAGCAUUCUACAAAAAGCUUAACUAUGAUGCAUUGGUGGAAUGUAAUGUUAUGACUGCCUCAGGGACACUUGUUAUACCAAUGGUUUCUUCUUCGAGCAGUAAUCUACAACUGUCAAUGCUUACAUUUAUCGCUGCUGUCUUGAAUGCUUUCGUUCGUUUUAUCUAGAUCUGACAGGCAAAUUAUAUUUGUCAGAAACUUGCAAAUAAAAUUCAAAUUUGUUUGCUAAAACACCAUUCAAAUGUUUAAGAUAAACACAGAAAUUUUAGAUUGUUCAUAUUAAUGGUACACCAUGGAUUGCACCCAAGACUGCCGUUUUUAUAAUUUUCACCUUGUCAGUUUUAUGUUUUAGUCUUUCUACCCUAAGCAAAACAUCUAACUUACCAUUUUUGUGAUUCAUUUUUCGAAUGCAUAUCGCAUUAUAAUAUAGUAAUUUAGGUUCAUUCAUAUCAGGGCUAUCGUCUAUUGUAUUACAAUAUUGAAUAACCUUAAAGAAGAAGCCGAUGUAUAAUGACACAGAGUUGUCAUUUAAUAUAAAGAACAUCAGUAAUAUAACUGAACUAAACAUUUCUUUGUACACUUAUAUUACUACUUCUGGUGCUGAGUUUGCAAAUCACGUCCCCUUUACAUAAAAUAAGUUUAGAAUUACAGCUACAUGUUUUUCCAUCAAAACAAAAUCUGUGUUUAAAAUAUGUUUGGAAACUAAUUAUUCAACGUUUUGUUUGAGUUCCUUAGUGUUGUUCGCAUUGCCAAUGAGGAAUUAAUGCAUUAGACAAUUUACAGUCAGAAAGUAACAUAAGCAUCCACCAUUUUGAAAAUAACACGGAUAAAUCGAAUGCCUAUUCCUGAAUGUUUGGAUGUAUACGAAUGCCAUAAAUAAUUAAAUUAGCUUGAUAUAUUUGG